UCACUUACUUCUGCAUGCUUGGUCAGAGAAGGAAACAAAACUGGCCGAGGGUGAAGAAAAACCCUUCAACGCUUUCCUGUUGCGAGUGAUAUUAAACUCAAAAUGAUGCUGCUUUUGACUAUUUUGUCCUCUGCCCUUGUUUUGAUUACAUGUCAAACGGAAUUCACUCCCUUGACCUAUGUGUACUACAGCGAAAGACGAAACUGGAAUGAUGCAAGUCAGACAUGCGCACAGACAGAUGGAAUGCUGGCCCGGUUUCCGGAUGUAUCGACUGUUAUGGACAUUUUGGAAGAACUUCCGGCGAUAAAAAAUAUCACGGUCUGGAAUAACAUAAAAGAUACAAAUCCGAAUGGUCAACCUUGGGUUUACUGUAGUACCAUAACUCUAAAUUCCAAUAGAACGAUGUCUUUGUUUCCAUGCCAACAAGCGCUACCUUUUAUGUGUCAGUAUCAGAAAGGACAGUGUCGGUAUAGGAUAUACGAACAAACCAUGAUCCAAAGUAACAAUGUUAUCACGAUAACCGCGAUCAUGUGGCAACGCUGUCACGACCUGUGCGAGACUGUCACCGAGAUCACGUGUCGUAGCUUCGAGUAUAACCCUGGCAGUCAGUACUGCCAGCUGUCAGACACCAACAGGUGGCGGGAAACUAACCAGUUCGCCUUCAACGUCCCAAGUUGGGAUUACUACCAUAAAUCCUGCGUUACUGCUUUGCUUCAGCAAGAGUACACAACGACUACACCUUCCCGACCUAUUACGUCAUCAACGACGUCAACUGUUUCUAUUGAAACCAGUACCACAAAAAGCAAAGUAAAGUCAGAGGCACCACAACCACUGAGAAUCUUGAAGUACGACAAUCUAUUGUCAUGGCCAAGAGCCAAAGAGUUUUGUCAAUCAAAAGGAGGAAGUCUGAUUGUUUUGAAGGACAAAUCCAUUAUUCCAGAGGCAAACCUUACGUCAUCCGACAAUUUAGAAACUUUGUGGAUUGGACUUUCGCGGGAACAGAAUAAGGAUUGGAGUUGGAUAAACGGAGAUCAACCCAAUGUAAGCCAUUGGAAAUAUGAACCAAAACAAUAUGACACAUCACAGAAAUGUGCGUCGGUAGCUUUGAAAUCUCCCUACUGGUGGUAUGAAGGAUUCUGCUACGAAGCUAAGCCUUUUAUCUGUCAGUUUAGAGAAGAUAUUUGCAGAUACCAGAAGGAAGUUUCAUCGGUGAUUGUAGCUCAUAACAAACUCGUUUUGGCUAACACCACCCUUUCAGAAUGUUACCACGUUUGCAAUUCGUCAACUCAAGUCACGUGUCGCUCGUUUGAAUAUAAUGCAGAAAAUCAGGUUUGUCAAAUCAGUGACGUCAAUAAGUGGACGGAAAGUCAAUAUUUUCUACAAGAUGUACGAGGCUGGGAUUAUUAUCACAGAAAAUGCUAUUUUGGUAUUGAUGACUUCCUUUUGUCAACAACAACGAAAGCACUACCAACAACAAUAGUGACAACAGAAGAACUAACAGACCCUAGUACACAAUCGCAAACAACCACUGAAACAACGUUCGAAGUCAUUCAGCGAGAACUGGUGGAAAUGGGAACAAAGAUCCGCGAAAAGAAACGCCUUGCGUCAAAACAAAGCGUCAUCGACACGCGUCCCUCGGCCACGAGCGUCGGCGUCGUAGCUGUUGUGAUAAUCGUGUCAAUGGUCGGAGGGGUUGUCUUAUUGGACAUAGGGACGCUCCAUCUACAUUGCCAACACUUCGCAAGGAGAAAGAAAAAGAAAAGACAAAAACAUAAUUAUAUAAAGGAACGCGAGAGUGACUGCAAUAAUUCGACCUAUGUGGCGGAAAAUACAUUCUGUGAUCGAUGCGGACAUCGUUUGACGCGUGAUGGUUCUGAGCAGAGCAAGCAGAACAUUGGAACGAGCAAUUUGGAGGACAUAAAGUGUGCUUUUAACUCAAAGGAAGAUAUUUUACUCAACGAGAGCAAAAACAAUAACGUGGAAAAUCCAUAUAAUGAUAAUGACACACAAUUUUGAUAGACGAAAAAUUUCAUUUCUGUACAUAUACAAUCAACAUAACAUGUAAAUACGUUUUAUAAAUUUUAUUGUAAAUUUUAAAAUGAUUUUACUUGAUACUUGUAUACUCGACUGUGGGUAUUCAGUAUAGGUGCAGAGACAUCAAGGUUACGAUUUCUGUGUUUUCUAUGAUUCAUUUUAUUACAAAAUGUUAUAAUUUUAUGUUUAUGCAUGUACAUCGAAUAUGUAAUUUGAAAUAAUCUUUGUUUUAUAAUGUCUGAUUGACCAAUGUUAUUGAUAUGAGCGUCAAUCAAAUGUAAUCACAAUAUUCCCUUAUGUUAGUAAUAACUACAUGUACGUAUAUGAAUAAAAGAUGAUCGUGGCAAAACAUAAAGUUAAUGAGCAAAAUAUUUUCAUUCAAUUUUAUACCGAGUUAUUAUACCGUAAUUUCUAAACUUUUUAAUACAGUCAACUUGGCGAGUUUUUUGGUUUUUUUUGGGGGGGGGGUUAGUUUUUUUAGAAGGGUGUUUUUGUUUGCAAUCAUGCAGUCUUUAGUAAUUUGAAGGCAAAAGCAAUUACGCUACGCAAAUAUUGAUUGUAUUGUUCAAUACGGUGGUCUCUAUUACUUCAAUAAGAAUUUAUCAUCAAGUUCGCUGACAUUUUGAAUAAUCUAAUAAUGAUUUUUUUGUUAUUAAAAAUACCUGAAAUACACAAUGGUUCUGUUUAAAUAAAAAUACACAUGUACAAGUCAACAAAAAAACCAUACAUCUCAAACAAU